AUGAGUGGCAGUCUCACGGGCAGUUGUCUGCCGCCUUCAAGCAGUUUGCCAUCCGCUCGUUUGCUAGUUUCCCUGCCAGAAACCCAGAUCACCUCGGCGCUGAAGCAUUUGCGGGCCCUGUAUUGUCCCGUACGCUUACCGACCGUCAUUUCCACACCAGUAUCCAAGCGAGAUCAGCAAUCCAUCACGUCGCCACCAGCCCCUGUUGAUUCCGGCUAUGCCUCUCAGGAUGAGGACGAAGACGACCAAGAGACGAGUCUGGAAGAGGUGACCGCUGCUCUACGUGCCGACCCAUUCGAACGCACUUUCACCGCGCAAUGGCUGAACUCGCUUCUCGCGCGUUCGGAGGAAAUGAGCAUGGAUGUAGAGGCUCGUGAGAGGAUCGUUGACGAUGCUGCCUUUAUUCUUUCGAGUUUAUUCGAAUCCAGCAACUGUGACGAAGACGAGGCGCUAACCCGCGACUUCAGCUUUUCCAUGCCCUUUGGAAAAGCAAUCCAAGUUACACUCAACGAUGCGCCGCUCUCAAGUACGGACCACACCGCAGUUGGCCUGCAAUCCUGGGGUGCCAGCAUCGUCCUUAGUAGCAUGAUGUGCGCCGACCCCAAGCGAUUCGGGCUGGAUCCAACAGACCUCGCGCCCAUGCCCAAGAUUACCGAGUUGGGCACAGGAACUGGUCUCGUCAGUCUAGUGCUAGCAAAGCUCCUUCCCACCAUCAACAUUCACAAUGGCGACAUUGCAGCGACUGAUUACCAUCCCGCCGUCCUGGACAAUUGCAAGCUCAACAUCGAAACCAACUUUCCCUCGAGCUGCACCAAUGCAUCGCCGCCUGUGUCGACUGCAAUUCUGGAUUGGGCACAGCCGCCUCAAGCCCUGAAAGCAACGGCCAAUCUCCUCAUCGCGUCUGACGUCGUCUAUGCACCCGAGCAUGCUGCUUGGCUACGCGAUUGCGCCGCGCAUAUGCUGACUCUGGGUGGCACGUUUUGGCUAAUGGUCACGGUGCGCAAGACUGGCAAGUUCGAAGGUAUUCCCGACACUGUCGAGUCCGCUUUUGUUCCUGAAAAGUGUUCCAAGAACGCAAACGGUAUGGUUUUUCGCAUACUGGAAAAGGAGUUUGUCGAGAAGAGGAGGGGUGUGGGCAGAGGUGAUGAGAGUGGAUACAACCUGUAUCGGAUAGGAUGGGCAUAG